AUGGGCAAGUACAAGAUGGGCAUGACAAAGCAGGACCUCAUGGGUGAGGGCACUUCAAGCAUAUGUCGGAAGGGCGUAUGCCUAGAGACAAACCAAGAAGUCGCAAUCAAGGUCUACAAGGCCCUGAAGGAUUCACACAAAGGUGAAGAUGUCAGACUGCAGAAGUUCCGCAGGCAAAUCAGUGUUUUGAAAAUGCUUCAAGAGCCGUUUGACACAGUGAGCGACGAAACUCUUUGGCAUCCCCAACUGGCCGCGACCAAGCCUUCCAAGCUCUUCAUGACCCUGUUGGACUACUCCACUGACAGCAGUGGAAACCCUGCUCCAGAUCCCAUAGAUGGUGUGAUGUAUGUGGUGACGGAGCUGGCACAGUAUAGUCUGAAGGACUAUCUGGCCUUGAGAAGAGACCAAGGAAAAAGUCUGUCGCGAGGAGCUGUGAAGAAUAUCAGCAAGGCCAUCAUCUCGGUGGUCGCCGUAUUACUAACCAAGGGGCUAGUCCAUUUGGAUCUGAAGCCAGAGAACCUCAUGAUGUUCAAUGGCCGCUUGAAGCUCAUUGACGUGGAUGGCUGUGUCCCCUCGGGCAGUGAAGUCUCGAUCCAGGACUCCUCCAUCUCCUUCUCACCAUGCUACUGUGCUCCCGAGUGGGCUCGUUUCCUGAUCGAGGAGUCAGAGUCCAAAAUCAACGUGCGCCCACACUUGGAUGUCUGGAGCGUGGGAAUGACGGUGUGCGAGCUGGCCACGUUGGAUGCAGUUCUGAAGCCCAUGUACGCAAACUUCCUGCGCAAUGGGCACUCGCAUAAGGAGGCUGGCUUCCUGUUCAUGGACUGGCUUGGAAGUAUUGCAAAGGCUCCCUUGCCAAAGAGCAUCGAGCGGUUCGAUGAUGGAUUUCACAAGAUGUUGGUGAAUGGUUUGCUGGUUUGCGAUCAGCACAAGAGGAAAACACUAGCGCAGUGUCUUUCCGACCCCUACCUGGAGUCAGACAGCCACAGGGUGGCCAGCUCCGACCGGGUCUCGGGGAUCGAGCACAGCAAUUCGGAAGCUCCACCAUUGCCGAUGAACGAGAAGGUGGACAGGACCACCCGCAAUCGCAUUGAAGACACCUCCAGCAAGGCUCCACUCUACAAAGGCACCUUGUGGAAGCUCAACACAGAUGGCAACCCGCAGGAUCCCACACACUGGCUGAAACGGGAUAUGUGGGUGGCUUUCAAUGGAUCCCUUUGCUACUUCAGUAUCAAAGAGAACAAGCGUUUGGUGUUGGUGGAUGGCUCCAAGCUCUCAGGUGCAAAGGUCACAAAAAUGAGUGCAGCCAGAGAGCACGCUUUCAGGUUGGAAUGUGUCAAUCAUGACGAACAUGAGAAGGACGUCAACAUUGGCUUCUCCGCGGAGUCUCCUGAGGAGUCAGCCACCUCGGUUCAGUUGGUGCACCUUUUGGUGCGAAUUCCUCCAUCGAAGGAAGUUCGAAGCAGAGAAAAGCCUUUUGUGGGUUCUCAGCCUCGCUAG